AUGGCACCGCGUGCCAAUAUUCUGCGGACAGCGUUCAUCGCGCUGAUAUGUACCGCUGCACUCGUGCAAUCAAGAACCGCUCGAAAAAGAAGACAAAUCGGAUCGAACCUAGUCAAUAAUCCCGGCUUCUGUAGGAGGAACCUGUGUGAACCCUUGGACGCACCCGCACAUGGAACAAUUGCCUGUGGGGCUGGAUUCCCGUUCUAUGAGUGCACGGCCUCUUGCGACCCUGGGUACGAGUUCUCUAACAAGAUGACGACGGACAAACGCGAGUGUGACCAAAUGUUCGGGGAUUGGUUCGACCCACCCGGAAUGGACAUCCCUGACUGCCAGCCGUCGUGCAGCCCUGCCUGUCAGAACGGGGGCUCGUGCCUGCUGCCCAACACGUGCGGAUGUUCCAACGGCUUCAUGGGCGCCCAGUGCCAAUACCCGGCAAAUAACUGCGCAUCCCCACCGACUCCUCAAAACGCUCAGGUCACGUGCCAGCAGGACACUUCCGGUGCUCGGUGCACAGUUGCAUGUAACCAGGGAUACAAACCCCUAUGGGCCAUCGCCCCGAGUUUCACGUGUUCCCCGGACGGAACUUGGUCGCCCGAUCUGGCUGAGAUCCCGGGUUGUGUGGAUGAGUCGACACCCAUCAACGAGACCCACAUCCCGAGCCCUACCCACCCACACACCGGAAGUGCGCGGUGCGUGGCCUGGGGCCAGGACCACUACCGGACGUUCGACAACAAGAUCUACCACUACAAGGGAGCGUGCAAUUACGUGCUUGUCAAGGAUGCGGUCGCCAACAGCUUCCAAAUACAUGUGGCCAAUGAUAAGAACUGCCAGCAGGGACACAGGUGUAAACGUGAGCUAGACAUUUACAUGGGUAACGAUCGGAUCUCUUUGAAGCGUGAUUCCAGCGGCCCUGUCGUCACGUACAACGGCGCGGUGGUGCCCGUCCCCUCCAGCAAGGGGGUGGUCAUCUUCGAGAAGAUCAGCUCGUACAUCGUGGUGAGGAGUAGCAUCGGCUUUCAGAUCCGUUGGGACACGUAUGAGAUGGUGUUUGUGACUGUCACGGAUGUCCUGCUUGGCAAGACAAAGGGUUUAUGCGGCACAUAUGACGGGGACCAGACGAACGAUUUCACCACGGACACAGGAAAUGUUGUUACCCAGGCACCGGCCUUCGUCACCACGUGGAAACGCUCAUUUGCCGGGGAAACAUGCGCUGACCUGCCCCAGACCGGAUGCAACGCCGCAACUCCCCAGGUUUUCGCCACCGCAACUUCCACAUGCGAGGCGCUAAUGGAAACCGAAUUUGAAAUAUGUCACCAUGCCGUUCCACCAGCGGCGUACAUCUCCGCCUGUAAGGAGGACUGCUGUGACUCUUCCGGUCAAGACUGCCUGUGUAGCUCGUUUGAAGCGUACUCUCGCGCAUGCCUGGAACAUAACAUAAGGCUGGACUGGCGCUCGGAUAACAGAUGUCACGCCCAGUGCCCGGGUAACCAGAUCCACAAGGAAUGCGGUAGCAUGUGCCAGAAGACGUGCCAGUCCCCGAGCUCAGCGUGCGAAGAUCACUCGUGCAUCGACGGCUGUUUUUGUCCGGACGGCAUGGUUCUUCUCAAUGAUCAGUGCGUCCAGAAAUCCGAGUGUCCGUGCAUGCUGAACGGAGUGGAAUACCGGAACGGCGAACAGGUGCCCAAGGAGUGUAACAAGUGCACGUGCAUGAACGGCGCGUGGCAGUGUACGAACAAGCGCUGCGAUGCGACGUGUUCCGCUAUCGGCGAUCCUCACUACAUGACGUUUGACGGAAAGCGGUACGACUUUAUGGGAGUGUGCUCCUAUUACAUGAUCCACGACCCGGGGACUUUCGACAUCAUCGUAGACAACAUCAAGUGUGGACACGGGGGCGAGUACUCCUGCACCAAGAGUCUCAGUAUCGACAUCAGUGGACACCAUAUCAAGAUGGACCACAACCACCAGCUGUUCGUGGACGGCGAGGAAAUUACCAAGACUCCGCACGAAAAUGACGGCACCAAGGUCUUUAUGGUCUCCUCGCUCUUCAUGAAGGCCGAGCUAUCCAAUGGAAUCACCAUACUGUGGGACGGACGGACCCGCGCCUACAUCACCGCCCCACCCUCCUUUAUCAACAAAACACAGGGUUUGUGCGGAACUUACGACUCUAACCAGAAGAACGACUUUAAAACCAGGGAAGGCGACAUCGAGACUAUGCCUAGUGCCUUUGGAAACCGCUGGAAGACGGUUCCUACGUGCAAGGAUGCCGGACCGCUCGUCAACCCGUGCGACACGAAUGUGAACCGGAAGAACCAGUCAGCCCAGUAUUGUGCAUACCUCCGAAGUGAUGUCUUUCAAGCGUGUGCCAAUACUGUAGACGUGGAUUCGUUUUACCACGCUUGCAUGUUUGACGUGUGCUCGUGUACAGAGAACGUGAAGGACUGCCUGUGUCCGAUCCUGGGAGAGUACGCUGCACAGUGCGUGGCUGCCGGCGUCGAGAUCCACUGGAGAACAACUAUACCAGAGUGCCAACUGGCCUGUAAUGGCGGCCAAGAGUAUCAGGUCUGCCCGAACGAGUGCACUCGCACGUGUUCUAACAUCGCCAACGACCAGGGCUGCGUUCAGUCAUCUGUGUGCGCCGAAGGGUGCGCCUGUCCCGCCGGUCAGACUCUUGACGACUAUGGCAACUGUUUAUCCAUCUCCAAAUGUCCCUGUUUGUUUGCGGGCAAUGAAUUCCUGCCCGGCAUCACCGUGGGACGUGGCGAUCAGAUCUGCACGUGCUUGGACGCUCGUUGGGCAUGCGCAGCUAAGACGAUUCCAAUUCCGACGACAAACAUCUGUAAGCCCAAUCAAGAGUUCUCCAGCUGUAUAUCCUCGUGCCCGAUGACAUGUGAGAACAUGCAUGAUUCCAUAUCGUGCAACACGACCACUUGCGUAGAAGGGUGCAUCUGUAAGCCCGGAUAUGUGAAAGAAGGUAACGACUGUGUCCUGAAGGCCGACUGUCCGUGCUACCACGGUAGCAAGGCUUACAAAGAGGGGGAAAAGUUCACCAUGGAUUGCAACGAAUGCACGUGUCGUAGCCGGAUGUGGGUUUGUGAACAGAAGGAUUGCCCCGCCGUGUGUAGCGCUUAUGGCGACUCUCAUUAUACCACGUUCGAUGGACGCUCGUUCGAGUUCCAGGGUAGCUGUGACUAUGUGUUCGCGAAAUCAUCAGAGACUUCUCCCGUAAAGUUCGAGAUCACCACAGAGAACAUUCCUUGUGGAACCACGGGUGUCACGUGCACCAAGUCUAUCUCGUUUAGCAUUGGAGAACAAGGAACUGCAAACUUCUUCCGGAUCCAGCUAGUGAAGGGAAAACAAGUAAUUGCCGACGCCGACUCUCCUUUCACCUUGAGGGAGGUUGGGAACUUCAUCAUCAUAACCACGCCCCAGGGGAUAACACUGGAGUGGGACAAGGGAACCAGGCUCUACCUCAAACUGAGCACACAACACAAAGGACAGGUUGUUGGGUUAUGCGGUAAUUUUAACGGGAACCAGAAGGAUGACUUCUCCACGCCCCAGGGCGGCCCUUCCGCUUCCAAGGCAACCUCGUUUGCUGACAGCUGGAAGUUGCACGGGUACUGUGCCGACUCAAAGGAAAUCGAAGAUACUUGCGCGGCGAACAUGGAACGCGGCCCCUGGGCUCAGAAGCAGUGUAGCGUCCUGUCCAGUAAAUUGUUCGAGGCAUGCCAUCCUGUUGUUGCUUACCAGGAGUUCAUUGACAGGUGCGUGUUUGACGCAUGCGCGUGUGACACGGGCGGGGACUGUGAUUGUUUAUGCACGGCUGUAGCAGCCUACGCCCAGCAGUGUUCUAUGAGCGGCGUCACCAUCAGAUGGAGGACAGAGGAGUUCUGCCCGAUCAUGUGUGAGAACUGCAAGACGUAUAACCCCUGCAUCUCGAUUUGUCCAAUGAAGACGUGCGACAACCGCCUGGUAUACGACACGCUCAUACAGGACUGUGGCCAGGAGACGUGUGUGGAGGGAUGCGACAUUAAGCCCUGCCAGCCAGGUCAAGUGUAUGAGAGCAACAAGGAACCAUUCAAGUGUAUUCCUGAGGCGUUCUGUAAUACAACCUGCCUUACAUUAAACGGGAAGGAGUAUAAGGAAGGGGAGAGAAUCCUGGAUUCAACCAUCUGUAGAAUGGACUGUGAAGUCUGCUACUGUGACCAGCACCAGGUGAAGCGUACCGGCGUCUGCACAGGCACCCCGCCACCGGUAAGUAGCACCGUCACCUCCUCGGUAACCGUCUCCACACCAAUCUUCACUGCAUCCCCGACCGUCCCCACCAUGACAGCCAAGUGUGUCCAGAAUGGUUCCACAGCCUGGAUGAGCGUAUCAGUCCCGACUCCCUACAACCAGGGUGACGUUGAUUCCAUCCGGAACCUCCGAAGUCAAUACACAUUCUGUGACGCCAGUCAGAUGACAGCUAUCGAAUGUCGUGUCGUUGGAACAACAACGUCAUCUGCCGCUGCUGGGCAACGCGUGUUUUGUGACCUGAGGAACGGGCUGAAGUGUUACCAUAGCGACCAGAAUCCGGGAGAACAAUGCCAUAAUUACGAAGUCAGGGUCACUUGUGACUGCAGUCUGCCACACACCACCACUGUUGCUCCAAACACGCUUCCCACAGGCUCCCCAACCCCUCGUCGAAUGGACUUGGGCACAUCCACCACCACACUUCAUCCAAACCAAACCUUUGUCACGCCUCCUAAGCCUCCCUCGACAUCAACCGAGUGUAAAGAGCCCGGAUGGACAAACUGGAUGAACAGCGUGAAACCUGUGGACGGGAAUGACAUAGAAUUCCUACCCGGUCUUGUCAAGAGCUUUGGAUUCUGUCGGGAAGACCAGAUCGCCUAUACUCAAUGUCGACGAGUUUCAGACAAACUGAGUUUUGAUGACACCGAAGACCUUCAGACCGUGUGUAGCACUAAGGCUGGUUUUGCCUGUUAUGGUUCAAACCAACCCGACGGCCGAUGUGACGACUAUGAAUUCAGGGUUUACUGCCAAUGUGAAAACAGCGUGUGUGACAAGCAGCUCAUCAGUGAUGUUCGGUCAGUGGGCGACACACAGUUCACGGCAUCGACUUCUGUUAGCAGCUCAACUGCCGCCAUGGCGCGCCUGGACAGCGUGAGCGGAUGGCGGGCGGCUUCCGGCGACAGAACACCCUGGGUGCAGGUCAACUUUCAGGAGCCCGUCACCGUUGCCGGCGUCAUUACACAGGCUGUAAAGGACAGAUCGGCGUACACCUCCAAGUAUACACUAUCCUACGGUAGUUUCAACUGCUCCAACUUCCAGACCUACACCGAUACCGACGGGAAACCAAUGGUUUUCGAGGGUAACACAGGAGGCUCCGGUGAUGUUCAACAUAUUUUGCUUGAAGAGAUAAGGGCUGUAUGUGUAAGGUUAAGUCCAAUUGAAUUUACCGGCGCUCCAGCCCUGAGAUUUGAUAUCCUUGGAUGCCGCAAACACAUUCCCUUAACGCCUUUAACCACAACCACUCCCAUGCCUACUCUAAGUGGACAUGUCACCGGUGUCACUACCGUGAGCAGCAACAUAACCACGCCCAUGCCCUUCAUCUGCGUUCCUGGAUGGACACCGUUCAUAAGCGUUGACACGCCCGGAGCUCUUAACACCUGGGAAAAGAGCGGACCGGGUGACACUGAACCAAUUACCGAACUCCGGAAUCUGUACGGCUUCUGUGCUUACCCAACCGGUAUCCAGUGUAGGACUAAGUUCGAUAAACUUCCGUACACGAUGUCCCUUGAUUUCGAUACUGUCUGCAACCUUGAGAAAGGAUUCGAAUGUCUGAAUUCUGCACAGGAUGGCAUGGAAUGUGGAGACUAUGAAGUCAGCUUUCAGUGCGACUGUGGAACAACCUCGCAAAUCCCAACGACAAUUUCAAAUGUAACUGGUACACCAUCGCCUCCAAAACCCGCUUGCGGAUGGACUAAUUUCAUAAACAGCUAUCCUAGAACACCGACAAGCACUGGCGACUACGAAACGAUUCAUAACGUUAGGAUGAAGUAUGAGUUCUGCGAGUUUCCCGUGCGAAUCGAAUGCAGGGAUACGGAAACGAAAAAAGACUAUAGGACUAUCAGUCAGGCAGGUGUAUCUUGUGAUGUCAACCGGGGUCUUGUCUGUGAAGACAACGGUCAAUCUGGAGGAAAAUGCAAGGAUUAUGAAGUAAGACUGUACUGUGUUGAUGCAUGCAGUUCCACAAUAAAUCCGACAGGACAUGCAACUGGUACGACGACUCUCACUCCACCAGGCCAGUCAUUCCGUACACCAACCUUGACGUCACCAGGCCACGGCAACGGUACACCAACAUUGGUGCCGACAGACAAAGCAAACAGAACACCAUCCAUGACUACAGCAGGCAAGGUCACCGCCACACCGACCCUGAAGCCACCAGGACAAAGCACCGAUACGCCGACAUACACACCGCCCGGCCAGUCCUCAGGAACACUAACUCUGGCACCACCAGGCAUGACCACGGGAAUACAAACCUUGACACCGACAGGAAAAACCAGUGGUACACCAACCCUAACGAAACCUCGCCAAGGCACCGAUUAUCCAACACUGACACCAACAGACCAAGUCACCGGAACACCAACAUUGACGCCAACAGGCAAUAUCAUUGGCACACCAACAAUGACACCACCAAGCAAAGCCACCGACACAACUACCCUGACGCCACCAGGCCAGCGCAUCGGUACACCAACAUUGACGCCAGCAUACAAAAUCAACGGCACACCAACAAUGACGCCAACAGGCCAGCACACCGGUUCGCCAACACUGACGACAACAGGCAAAGUCAACGGCACACCAACAAUGACGACAACAGGCAAAGCCACCGACACAACUACCCUGACGCCACCUGGCCAGCGCACCAGUCCACCAACACUGACGACAACAGGCAAAGUCAACGGCACACCAACAAUGACGCCACCAGACCAGGGCACCGAUACGACGACUCUCACACCACCCGGCAUCUCGUCCAGAACACCAACCCUGACACCACCACGCAUGUCGUCCGGAACACCAACCCUGACACCAACAGGCAAAGCCAAUGGCACAGCAACAAUGACACCACCAGGCACCCACACUGACACACCUACCCUGACACCACCAAGCAAGGCCACCGAUACACCGUCUCUCAAACCUACAUCAGGCCAGACCACAGGAACACAAACACUUACACCGACAAUGAAACCACCAGGCAAAGUCACCGGCACACCGACCCUGACACAACCAGGCCAGGGCACUGCUACGCCGACUCUAAAACCACCCGGCCAGUCAUCUGGAACUCCAACCCUUACAUCACCAGGCAAGGCCACAGGAACACCAACCUUGAUAUCACAAGGAAUAGCCACCGGUAAACAAACAGUGACGCCGACCCUAAUACCACAAAGCAAAGCCAGUGGUACACCUACUCUUACGCCACCUGGCCUAGUCAAUGGUACAACACUGUCACUAACAAGCCAAGCACCCGGUUCGUCAACCCUUAAGCCACCUGGCAAAAUCACCAAUACACCUACUCUUGCGCCACCAGGUCAAGCCAAAGGUACGCCAACCUUUAUAUCACAAGGCAUAGCCACCGGUACACCAACAGUGACGCCACCAGAAAAAGCCAAUGGCACACCGACCCUAAUACCACAAAGCCAAGCCACCGGUACACCUACUCUUACGCCACCUGGUACACAAACACUGUCACCAACAGGCCAAGUCCGUGGUUCUACUGGUACGCCUACUCUAACCCCGACAAGCCACGUCACCCGCAUACCGACCCUGACACCACCAGAACAUGACACGGGUACACCAACCCUGACAACACCUACCAUUACGCCUACACGUUCCGGUCCACCAAUUCCCCCGGGAACCGGUACCCCAACAUUUACACCACCGUAUAACUUAAUUUGCAAGGAAGGCUGGACGGACUGGAUUAAUUUGGGGAAUCCAGCAAAAUCUGAAGGAGACUUCGAAACUUACAAAAACAUUCAAGGUUAUCCAAAUACCUGUGAGGAAGUCGUGGCCGCGGAGUGUCAGAUCGCAUCUACCGGUCAAAACUAUAUGUACUCAGGCCAGGCUGUGUCUUGUAGUCCAGAAGGCUUAAUGUGUGAGGACGGGCCAUCCCAGAAGUGUGUCGACUACAAGAUUAAGUUCUUCUGCUCAUGUCCCUUAGAGAGGACAACUCCUCGUGUCACCACCAUCGUUAAGCCUCCCCCAGGCGUGGGCAGUGUUACACCCACAAUGACCCCGCCAGGCGUGAGCAGUGGUACACCCACAAUGACCCCGCCAGGCGUUGGCAGUGGUACACCCACAAUGACCCCGCCAGGCGUGGGCAGUGGUUCACCUACAAUGACCCCGCCAUCACAGAAAACUGGUGUACCGACAAUGACUCCCCCAAGCGUAACCGGUGUCCCAGGGACGACGGGACAUUACAACUGCACACAAGGUUGGACUUCCGCUAUGAGCGUCACCACUUCUGCCAUUACCGGGGACGAAUUAGAGACAAUCAGUGACUUGAGGAGAAAAUACGAGUUUUGUGACGACGAGAUGAUUGUGUCAAUAAGGUGCGCCGAUCUGAUCUCCGAAAAGACCGCCGAAGAGUUGGGUCAAAAGGUCACGUGUGACAUGAUUCAAGGCCUCAUCUGUAAGGGUGCAGACCAGGCCGGUGGCAAGUGUGCGGACUACACGGUGCAGCUUUACUGCGACUGUGAAGCCCCCUUGAUGACCACUACCUUAGCUCCUCCAAUUAUACCAGGCGGUACCCCAGAGCUUCGUCCACCAUACCACGAGCAAGUCACGCCAACACUGAAGCCUAACUUGCACCCAGGAGAGAGCCCAGUCACGCCCCGAAAAUCAUGUGAUAUGCCCCUUGGAGUAACAGACAGGCAGAUCGUGUCAGAUAGCCAACUUUCAGCUUCGACUUCCUUCAAUUUUAGCUACGAAGCAACUAAUGGUCGUCUGAUGCAGCAACCUUCAGGAACGAACGGAGGAGCGUGGAUGCCAAGAUUCUUCGAUACUCAACAAUUCAUUCAAGUGGACUUCGGUCACCCCGAAAAAAUAUCCGGAGUGGUAACACAAGGACGACAGGACACUGACCAAUGGGUGGAAUCAUUCCUGAUCGAGACCAGUCUUGACGGUAUUCACUGGUACAAGUACUUGGACCGCGAUUCCAAGAAAGCCUACACCAUAUUCCCUGCAAACUUUGACCGCAACACGGCCGUCAAGUCUUUCUUCGACCGUGAGGUAGACGCCCAAUACUUGCGCAUCGUACCAAUGACAUGGAAAGGCAAGAUUGCCCUUCGUUUUGACGUGCUGUCUUGUUAUGGUCGGUCAAAAACGCAGCCUCCGGGCCAUUACACGACGGAGAGGCCAACAGUCACCACGCCAACCUCAGUUGAACCAACACCCCCUCCUUUGUGCUUGGAGCCCAUGGGUAUCGACAACCCGAUGCUCGUAAAAGACGGUCAGCUUACCUCUAGCUCUAACCUUGACUCGAUGCACGGUGCGGCUGCUGGCAGAUUAUAUAACGAGUUUACUGGAUGGGCCCCUGUUUCGACUUCCGGUAAGCAGUGGCUACAGGUAGAUCUACUAGAGCCUCGCUAUGUUUCCGGUAUCCUCACUCAGGGCAUCCCAGACAAGGACAUGUGGAGUGUACAAUAUGUUGUCUCCUUCUCCAAUGAUGGCAAUACCUUCACCGCUUACUCGGAAAAGAAUGGUGGACUCCCUAUGGUGUUUAAUGCCAACAACGAUCGAAACUCCAUCGUCAAGAUGAUGUUUAACCGAAACAUUGUUGGACGAUAUGUCAGAGUCACGCCUAUUGAAGGAGGCUGGGCGGGUAUCGGACUGAGGUUUAACCUGAUUGGCUGCUUUAACAUAUCGACUACGGCACCGCCCAUGACAACCCAGACAGUGGUACCACCUACUCUGUCAUUCGCCCUCCCAAACAUGACAACACAGAUUAUCCCAGUGUGUACCAUCCCCAUGGGUAUUGGCAACCGUUACACAAUCGGAGCCAAUCAGAUCUCAGCUUCCUCCAGCCUCGAUAUCGAGCCGAUAUCAUCUUGGUCGUCAGGAAUCAAGUUGCCAUGGACACCUGUGCCCACGGAUCCCCACCCGUAUGUCCAAGUAGACUUCUUGGAGCCAAAAGCUCUCUCUGGUGUGCUUAUUCAAGGCAGCCCGUACAAGUCUGAAUGGGUAACAUCCUACCAGGUUUACAUAAGCUUAGAUGGCAAUACAUGGACACCAUACUCCGACAUCGUAAAUGCUAAAAUACCUACGACUUUCAAAGGCAACAAUGAUAACACUGGACAGGUUACUAAUUUGUUUAACAGAAACAUCUAUGGUAGAUUUAUAAGGAUCUAUGCAAUCAGUUUCCACACAGCUGCUACCAUGAUCUUUGAGGUCUUCGGAUGUAAUCCAUCAGAGGCUGUCAACAUGACAACAACAGAGUCUCCAAGCGGUGUCAGCACACUUACACCCACUGUGUCCCCACCGGCGGGCUCCAAGAACACCCCGACCAUAACUCCACCUUCACGGACUGGUACCCCAAACACACAAGGCUUUGGACAGACUGUGUCAUUUACAACUCCAACCUACGUGGCUCCCCCAACAGUGUGUCUGACGCCAAUGGGUCUUGAGUACACCCGAACCGUGUUUGAUCAUCAGAUCACUUCCUCUUCAAAAAUAAAUGAGCUCACUGGGGCCUCAGAAGGCAGAAUUCACAGUAACUCUAGCUGGAUACCUAGUCAUAACGACUCAUCUCCAUGGAUCCAAGUCAACUUUGAAAAGCCAAAACUUCUGAGCGGUAUUUUGAUACAGGGAGAAAACGGCGGGCAAAGAUGGGUCACCAAAUACACAGUGGAUUUCAGCAUGGACGGCAACACCUUCUAUCCAUACACCCUCCUUCUUGGCGACUCCAAACCCGUUGUGUUUAGCGGUAACAACGACAGCAACUCACUGGUCAGACAGCUUUUCAACAGGAACGUCACAGCGCAGUACAUACGUAUUCACCCUAAAGAAUGGCACGGAAAUGCAGCAGCUAUUCGGUUCAACAUCAUCGGUUGCAACCCAGACAGUCCACAGACACCGACUGUAACGACUCUCAGUCCCUCUGUCACCACACCAACCAACGGAACAGGUGUCGGAACCACGACCGGGUACGAGCAUAUCAGCACCAUCUCGGGAAUGGUUAUGUUCCCGCCUUCACUGUGUACGGUACCAAUGGGGGUUGCAAACACUCUGAUAGUCAAAGAUCAACAGUUGAGUGCCUCAUCAUCCAAGGAUAUGUUCAGUGGCGCCGAGAGGUCGCGAUUUGAUGCCCAGAAGGAUGGUAGUUUCUACGGCGGCUGGGUUGCAGGAGAAAAUAACAUGAAGCAGUACAUCCAAGUGGAUUUUCUGGCACCAUACUACGUUGGUGGAAUUAAGACUGAAGGACGCUCGGACAAAGACCAAUGGGUUACGCAGUACGAGAUCUACUACAGCACGGAUGGGAAACACUAUAGCGCUCUGCCCAAGUCCUUUCUGGAUAGCUCGCCAAUGGUGUUCGCCGCAAAUAAGGACUCCGGCACGCCUGUUACAAACUUGUUUAACCUCGUUGCCGCACGAUGGAUCAGAAUCCACCCAGUCGAAUGGCACAACGCCAUUGCUGUGAGAUUCGAGGUUCUGGGCUGCAUGUCUCCGUCACGAUCACGGCUUUCGACCACCGCCCUUCCCACCACUCCUACUUCUCAAAUGUCUGUAACUGGUACCCGCCCACUUGGUACCGGUUCCACCACCGGCACCACGCCAGCCUCCAGUGUUAGCCCAACUGCCUGUGCAUACUGGACACCUUGGGUGAGCGCCAGCAAGCCAGAUAAGGAGGGGGAAUACGAGUCAGCCUGGCAGUUGAAACAACUUGUUACUUUCUGCGACUACCAGUACGUCCAACAGACCGAGUGUAGGACUACAGGUACGCACAUUCCGUACGAUCAGACUGGCGAGAAUGGUGUGAUUUGCAACAAUGAUUUGAAGGGCCUUCUUUGCUACGCCAAGAACCAAACCGACGGCAGUUGUCUCGAUUAUGAAAUCCGUGUCUUCUGUGACGAAUGUGCAUCUACACCAGCAGUUACAACACCGGCUCCUAUGACGUGUAACCCACGCUGGCUACCUUGGAUUAACCACAUGACACCAACAAACGAAUUAAGCUACGUUGAGCACGAGUUCAUGAGCCUUCAGAAACAACAAGAACUUUGCUUCGAUGGCAAAAUCACUCGAAUUGAAUGUCAAACAAUAUAUGGAGUUAGCUUCCACAGUGCUGGGUCAAUAGGCUCUACCUGUGAAAUUCUUAGCGGUCUUACCUGCAAAAACAGUGACAACUAUCCUGUUCCAUGUGAUGACUUCCAGGUCCGAUACUACUGCGACUGUGCGCCGAGACAAACACUCCACCAGAACCAAACAGGCUUUUCAUCAGGCACUCCGACAAUAACUCCAACGGGCUACACAGGAACUGGCACUCCGACAACAACUUCUCCUGGCUAUUCCGAAACUGUCACUUCGACAAUAAGACCACCUGGUUACACAGGCAUUGCGACUCCGACACAGAAACCUGACGUUAACAACAACGGCACUCCAACCAUAACACCGCCAGGUAAUACGAGCACAGGUACUCCAACAAUCACUCCUCCUGGCUACACCGGAACUGGCUUUCCGACAAUCACUCCAACGGGCGACAUCGGAACUGGCUCUCCGACAAUCACUCCAACGGGCGACACCGGAACUGGCACUCCUACAGUAAGACCACCUGGAUAUACAGGAACUGGCACUCCGACACAGAAACCUGGCAGAAACGACAACGGCACUCUGACCUUAUCACCACCAGGUAAUACAGGUACAGAUUCACCGACAAUCACUCCUCCUGACUACACCGGAACUGGCUCUCCGACAAUAACUCCAACGGGCGACAUCGGAACUGGCUCUCCGACAAUCACUCCAACGGGCGACACCGGAACUGGCACUCCUACAGUAAGACCACCUGGUUAUACAGGAAGUGUCACUCCGACACAGAAACCUGGCAGAAACGACAACGGCACUCUGACCUUAUCACCACCAGGUAAUACGGGUACAGGUUCACCGACAAUUACUCCUCCCGUCUACAACGGAACUGGCACUUCGACUAUAACUCCAACGGGUUCCACUGGAUUUGGCACUCAGACAAUAACUCCAACAAGUAACACCGGAACUGGCACUCUUUCAAUAACUUCAACAAACUACACCGGAACUAGCACGCGGACAGAAAGACCACCUGGUUAUACAGGCACUCCAACCUUAAUACCACCAGGUUAUACGGGUAAAGGCUCACAGUCAAUCACUCCUCCUGGCUACACGGGGACUGGCACUCCAACUCUCCCUCCGACAGUCACACCAACUACUUGUGCUAUUGUCACUAAAUGGUCAUCUUGGGUCAACCGCCAUACACCGGAUGCAACUACAGAUGAAAUCGAGAGCAUGACAGCUGCUGAAAAAUUAACAUUCUGUGGCUUAGGAAAGAUUAUUGCUGUUGAGUGUAAAACUAUCGAUAACAUACCAAGUUACAGUGCGGGAGACUUUGGUUUUAAGUGUGACAUAACCAAUGGUGCCACGUGUGUAGCCAUGGAUAACUUCCCUAUUGGUUGCCAAGACUAUAUGAUCAGAUACCAAUGUCGAGAGCAAAUUUGUGGUGGUAACCAAACCACCGAUGGUACCGGAACCGGAACUUUCAGUCCAAAGGUACCCAGUAAGAACACGCCGACGUUGACACCAUCCGGCGGAAGCACGGCCACACCUACGGCGGUCCCCACCACCGUCUGUGCCACAACAACACGCUGGAGCAGUUGGUUGAAUCGGGACAAACCGACCACAGGAGAAGGGGAUAAGGAGGUAAUGACCGGUGAAGAAAAACAGAAAUUCUGUCCAAGUGGCGCAAUUGCGACAGUGGAAUGUGCUUCAAUCGAUGGCGUACCGUCUUACCAGAGUAUGGACAUAGUGGACUGUAACCCGAUUACUGGAGUCUUCUGUGACAACAGUGUGAAUAUGGGAAUGUGUGCAGACUACAUGAUUCGGUACCAGUGUGAGGAGACAACAUGUACAGGACCUACCCUGCCACCAACUACACAGAGCCAGUCUACACUCACUACUCCACAGUUCUCUCGCACAACCACAUCUCCAGGACAAGGCGUGAUACUGACUACGUAUACUCAUACAGAGACAACGCAUACAGGAACGGUAUCCACUUUCAAACCGCCAAAGUUUGCCUCAUCUACAGCCCACCCAAACACGUCUGGAAACCAAACACCAACACAGUCACCGUCGUUGAUAUGUGAAACAAAAAAUCGUUGGUCUAUGUGGAUUGACAGAAGUACACCUGGAAUCAAUGGGACUGGUGAUCACGAAUACAUGACAACCACAGAGCUCCAGCGAUUUUGCGCUAGAGGAACAAUUAGUGGUGUUGAAUGCCAAACCUUUGAUGGUACCAAUUUCGAUAAAACUCCAGACUUUGUGACUUGCACUAUGGAAAACGGUCUUGUAUGUGACGGGGCAGAGAACUUUCCGAUAACCUGCAUGGACUAUAAAAUGCGAUAUGAAUGCAUAGAAGAAAUCUGUCAAACGCCAACUGGCCUUCCUUCAAGUGCUGCAGGUACACCAACAGCCCAUCCAUCGAGUGUCACUGGAGGUGUUCCAACUGUAAGACCACCGGGAUCCUAUACAGGAACCCCGACAUUGCAACCACCAGGUGUAACGGGUCAGCCAACGGCCCGUCCACCAAAUGCCACAGGCGGAGUACCCACUGAAACACCCAAGGUGUUUUACACUGGUACACCAACAAUGCAUCCAACUGGAGUUUCUGGCGAGCCGACGGACCAUCCACAGAAUGCCUCAGGCGGCGUACCCACUGUAACACACAAGGCGUUGUACACUGAUACACAAACAAUGCAACCAACUGGAGUUUCUGGCGAGCCAACAGCCCGUCCACCAAAUGCAACAGGCGGAGUACCCACUGAAACCCCUAAGCGUUCUUACACUGAUAUCCCAACAAUGCACCCAACGGGAGUUUCCAGAGAGCCAACAGCCCUUCCACCGAAUUCAUCAGGCGGGGUACCCACUCUUACACCUAAAGAAUCUAACACUGGUACUCCAACAAUGCACCCUACGGGAGUUUCCGGUGAGCCAACGGCCCUUCCACCGAAUUCAUCAGGCGGGGUACCCACUCUUACCCCUACGGAAUCUAACACUGGUACUCCAACAAUGCACCCUACGGGAGUUUCCGGUGAGCAAACGGACCAUCCACCAAAUUCAUCAGGCGGAGUACCCACUCUUACCCCUAAAGAAUCUAACACUGGUACUCCAACAAUGCACCCUACGGGAGUUUCCGGUGAGCCAACGGCCCUUCCACCGAAUUCAUCAGGCGGGGUACCCACUCUUACCCCUAAAGAAUCUAACACUGGUACUCGAACAAUGCACCCUACGGGAAUUUCCGGUGAGCCAACGGCCCUUCCACCGAAAUCAUCAGGUGGGGUACCCACUCUUACCCCUAAAGAAUCUAACACUGGUACUCCAACAAUGCACCCUACUGGAGUUUCUGGCGAACCAACGGCCCAUCUAUCAACCGGCCGUACUGGUAUACCAUCCGUCAAUCGCUGUACACAGAGUCAUUGGAGCUCAUGGAUUAACAGAGAUAACCCUAACAUUGGUGUCGGCGACUACGAAAGUAUGACUGACAAAGAGAAGGCUGAUUUCUGUAUUGGUGGCAAUAUCAAGAGUAUUGAGUGCGUCACAACCGACGGGGUUGCUUCCUACAGCUCCGGAGAAAUAAUGUCAUGUACGCUUCUUAACGGAUUUUCUUGCAACAAUCAACAUAAUGCUCCGGUCCCUUGCAGUGACUACAAAAUCCGAUACUUCUGCCUGUGUGAAGGUAUGUUCACAUUCGUUGUUAAACCCACAUCUACCAUUCCGUUUAACGGUACGCUACCCCCGACCCUGCAUCUGACAUGCGGCUGGUCUCCGUGGCUAAAUGGUGAUAGACCAAAUUUCGGAUCCGCAGAUGCAGGCGACCUCGAAACAAUAGGGUCUCUUAAAACCAAGUUUGGUCUCUGCAAGAAUAUCGUUGAUAUUGCAUGUCGCGUUGCUGGUACGGACACACUGGCUGAUGCUGCAGGACAGACGGAGGUGCUUUGUGAUUCGGUGAAUGGACUGCGUUGCUACAACAGAGACCAGCAGGGAGGAAUGUGCUACGACUACGAGGUCAGUGUGCUCUGCUGGGCUGCUGAAUGUUCCCAACAGGUCACUCCAACAUUAGUGACGGGAGCCAAUAGAACCACUGUAUCACAAUUUACAGUCGUAUGCCCACCUGGCGAGGUCUGGGAAUCAUGUGCACAGAACUGCAGCGAUCUCUGUGAAAGUUACGCCCAGUCGACCGGCCUGUGUAACUCGGAAAAUCCGUGCGUACCAAUGUGCAGGAACCCAAUCGUUAAGCAUAAAUGCGCCCUCGGUGAACUGCUUAAGGACAAGAAUACUUGUGUGGCAAAGCAGAUGUGUCCUUGCAUCAAACCGGACGGUUCCGUUGCGCAGGCAUACGAGACAUGGCCUAGCCCUACCGACAACUGCUCCCUGUGUCAGUGUUCGAACAAUGAGAUCAACUGCAAAACAUAUGAAAACUGUUAUGCCAUACCCCAGGCAACAACAACUACACUUAUACCACCCAUGUUGAACGGCAGCAUCCCUACUAUCCGGCCAAUUAUUACAUAUCCCGAUUGCGGCUGGACUGCUUGGAUCAACAGCGACAGACCAUCGUAUGGAAACGGCGAUUUUGAGAUUAUCUCCAAUAUCCGCCGUUUAAACCAUUUCUGUGUUAGUCCUCUUCUUAUUGAGUGCAGGGAUAUUCGUACCCACACCGCCGUGAAAGACGGGUCUCAGAAGGUCUCCUGUGAUGUUACAACUGGAUUGAAGUGCUUGAACACGGACAAUGCGGGAGGAUGUAACGACUAUGAAAUCAGAUUCUUUUGUCCAUGCGUUUCGACAACAGUUUCACCCAACCCAGGUUCGAAUAGAACUCCAACACAGCAUCCGAUAAGCGCCUCAACCGGCUUUCCUAGUGAGAAACCAAAUAGAAACUUCAACAAAACAACAACAAAACAACCCAUGAGCGUAUCUGGUGGAACUCCAACACUGCAACCAACGAUGAAUAAUACUACUGCCAACAGUCAUUCAACAAAACAACCAGUGCAUAGUGGAGUUACACCGACAAUGUCACCAACGGCACCAGGCGUUGGUGUAUCUACUGCUGGACCAGUCCUUUGCGGUUGGACGACUUGGAUGGACGGGCAUAAGCCUGAUGCUUCCACAGGCGAAUCUGAAACGUUUUCAGAACUGAGAACUAUAUACCAGUUCUGCAAAGACAUUGAUAUCCAGGGCAUUGAAUGUAGGGUAAAAGAUACGCAUGCAAUGAUCAAUCAAACAGACCAAGUUAAUGUCAUGUGUACCAUUGCAUCUGGUGGUUUAAUGUGCUUCGGCUUCGAACAGCCAACAGGCCGGUGCUUGGACUACGAAAUCCGUAUUUUCUGUGAACCAGCGGGACAGGUUUGUUCUGGUACAUCAACUGGCAAACCAUCAGCCGGCAGUUCCAGCCUUACACCAACAUUGCCACCACCUGAGCACACAAACGGCUCCCCAACAAACAAACCACCUGGAAUGUCAGCCAAAUUGCCCACCGCUUUCCCACCGGGAAUGUCAACUAAAUUGCCCACAGCUCACCCACCAAGCAAAUGCGUAGAGAAAUGGUCGCCUUGGAUAAACAGAGACACACAGCCAGACGGAAAGGAGCAUGAACACAUGAAUGCGACAGAAAAGGCGACAUUCUGUGUCGACGGCAGGGUGUCUGGAAUCGAGUGUAUGACCAUCGAUAACAUUGCUAGCUACAGUUCUGGCGAGAUCCUUGAAUGCUCCAUGGAAAAUGGACUUAUCUGUGAGGACGCUGUGAACGCACCAAUUCCAUGCAGUGAUUACAAAGUCAGAUACCACUGUGAAUGUCCAGCCCUUAUUCCGACUAAUCCGCCAACAACAGUCACCGUUCCCUACAUUCCCCCAGUCGUUUGUCGUGAGAAAAUGGGAAUGGAAAACGGGCAUAUUGUGACCAACAUGAUCAGUGUCUCCUCAUCUCGAGACGGCAACCUUAACCCAGCCUCUGCCCGACUUAACAGCCACGGCGCAUGGACACCAAACCAUAACGAUCAGAAACAGUAUAUCCAGGUGAACUUCCUGAAGCCCAUGCUGCUGACAGGAAUAAUCACACAGGGACGCGAAAACAGCGGUUCGUAUGUGACAUCAUACAAAGUUCUCUUCUCUAAUGACGGCUUCAUUUGGUCACCAUACCAGGAUUUUGGACAAGACAAGAUUUUUUCCGGCAACAACAACUCCGGAUCAAUGGCUACCAACUGGUUUGACCAUCCAAUCAGAGCGCAGUACAUUCGAGUUGUGCCGCUCACCUGGAAGGGAGUUAUUGCCUUGAGGAUGGAACUUCUUGGCUGUUACGAGGGUUACCCAAGUGUCACGACCGUACCUCAACCAACUUUCACUCAAUCAGUUGUUACACCAAAUACACCACCGACUGUUUCGAACAUCUGUAUCUUUUGGGAUGUCUGGGUCAAUGAAGGUCAUCUGACUUUGACCUCGGGCGGAGACUCCGAGCCAAUAUCCGCACUCCAAUCCUUGUCUGAACGGUGCACAACUCCAAUCAUGAUCGAUUGCGUCCGGGCCAGCGACGAGCUUCCGUAUGACCAGGCUGGCCAGAAGGUCAAGUGCGACCUCUGGAAUGGACUACAGUGCUUUAAUGCGGACAAUUCUCCACUGUGCUACGACUACAAGGCUAGAUUAGGUUGCCUGAAGAACACAACAGAAUGUUUGAACUCAGUCAGUACCACUCAACCCGGCACGACGAGCACUGUCAACAAACGGGUUCUCCGGUGCUUCGAAGGUCUGGAUAUCUCCGCCUGUCCCAAGGAUGGCUGUGCAGAUGGACUCUACUGUGAUGGUCGCCAGUGUGUCACCAAGGACAAGUGCCCAUGUUUGAUGGAUGGACAGAUUCUCAUGUCUGGAGGAUUCAAGGAGAGGUCCAACUGUGAAACGUGCCAAUGUAUCGCUGGCGAAGUAAAUUGCGAACCAAAAAAAUGUUCGCCUUGUCUCCAGGGAUUCUCGUUGGCCGUUGGGCCGCCUUCCCGAACAACGACGUUCGUCAUUCUGAUAACAAGGUUUCACUAUGUGAAACCUGAUUUUAAAGGUAUCUUCUGGAGCCACAACAAGAAGGAGGAGGCCACUAUGUGA